GGUAUACCGUGCUAUUGAUUGCACUAUUCCACUCUCUGCUCACGGCCAAUAUUAUGUACUUGAGAAUAUACAAGACACGUACCUGCCUGACUGAACAAUUUAAUUUACGAUUAUUCUGAAGACUUAUAAUAUAUAACCGGGGCCAAGCACAGCUCAGUUUGUUCCUCGAUGUUCACUGUGCAAGAAGUGGACUGUGUGUGAAUCCAAUUGGUGUUAUUAGCUGAACCUAGUCCAUUCGGAAUUCUACAUUUUGUGCUGCUUAGGUCAAUAUGACGGUUGGAAAUGAAGGAUAUUCUGCAGAUGCAUCAUGCAGUAUCAAAGCCAGAGAUUUCACAAUUUUUUGGAAAUAUCCUGAUACUGGUUUCUUGAUGGCGGCUAUCGUGAUCUUGUGUGGAAUAUGGAUGUCAAAAAAAGUGCGAGACUGGUCUCAAAAGCAACUGAAACUGCUGAAAUUGGGUUUGAAAUUACCCGGACCACCAGCUCUACCGCUUAUUGGAAACGCGCUUCAAUUUGCGUGCAGUCCCGAUGAAAUACUGGAUCGGUUGGUCGACACGUGCAAACACUACGAUUCGCCGUUUCGAUUCUGGCUUGGACCGAAACUCUUGGUCGUUCUGACAAAGCCCUCUGACAUAGAAGUGAUACUUGGUAGUUCUAAAGCAGCGUAUAAAGGACCAAUUUACCAUUUUCUUCAGCCUUUUAUUGGGCGCGGCCUUAUAUCAGGUUCAGGACCAUCGCAGAGGGCACAUCGUAAAGUAAUCAUGCCGAUGUUGAAUGCAAAGACGUUGGACCAGUAUGUGGAAUACUUUGUCCAUCACAGUGAAUACUGUGUCAAUCGUCUGGAGGAGCUUGUUGACACUGGAGAGUUCGACAUUUAUCCUUUCAUGGAACACUGCACAGUCGACAUUAUACUAGAUACCAUCAUGGGAACUUCUGGAACGGCGCAACAGGAAGGAUACCAACAGUUGGUCGAGGCGUCUAAAAAGUUGUACGAGUUAGUAUAUCCACGGAUGAUAAAGCUGUGGUUGCAUCCAGAUUGGAUCUACGGUUGGACUGACGACAGCGAGCAAACUGUUACAGCAACUCACAUAGUUCAUAGUUUCACAGAAAGUCUCAUUGUUCGGAAGCAGAAGGAAUACCACGCCUUGAAAAGAGGCUCUGUUUUAGCGAGUCGACCCCGCCUGAUGGUCCUCGAACAGCUCAUUGCCCACGUGGAGAAAACCAACUUCAUGGAUGAUCGGAAGCUCAGAGAUGAGAUAUUCACACUUUAUACCGCCGCACAAGACACAACGGCUGUUAUCAGUUCUUUCGUAUUCCUGAUGUUGGGGAUGCAUCAGAGUGUUCAGGAAAAGGUGCGAGCAGAGUUGCAUGAGGUCCUGGGAGAGGACAGUGUGACGGCGGAAAACCUCCAUGACUUGAAGUAUGUCGAGAUGGUCGUCAAGGAGACACUUCGCUUGUUCCCUAUAGCGCCGUUCAUGGCACGUGAACUGAAGGGUGACGUGGAUCUUCAGACAAUGACAUUGCCGGAAGGAUGUUCAGUCGUCAUGGUGCCGUACAUAACGCAUCGUGAUCCGAACCACUGGACGAAUCCGGAUGAAUUUGAUCCAGACAGAUUUGCACCGGAAAACUCAGCGGGAAGGCAUUCCUGUGCUUAUGUACCGUUUAGCGGUGGUCUGAGAGGAUGUAUUGGCCAGAAGUACGCCAUGAUGUGUUUGAAGACAAUUGUGGCCAAUGUUGUCAGGAGAUUCCGAUUGAAUUGUGAAAAAUCUUUGCACGAGCUCAGGUUGAAGACUGACAUCUCCAUCCGGUCCGUUGAUGGCUAUAAAAUAUCAAUCACUCAGUUGUCGAUUUUGGGUUUGCUUUACCGACUGAGAUUACACGGAUCUUGUUUUUGGUACUUGAUCACAACUCGUAUCCAAGCCUUUUUAACGAUGUGGUUCAAGAUUGAAUUGGUUGAUUCACUCUUUGGACAGUGGGGCACUUUCGCAAUUGCUGUUGGCGCUGUGAUCGUCGUGUGGCUGCUCGCAGGUGGGAUACGAGAAUGGUGUUACAAGGAGUGGAAAUUUUACAAAAGUGUUUCGCAGAUGCCUGGACCUCCAGCUCUUCCCUUGAUAGGAAACGCACUCUUCUUCGCUGGCGACAAUGACGAAUUGUUGGACCGGAUAAGCGAGAUUUCCAAACCUUACAACGAUCCGUUCCGAGCUUGGUUGGGCCCAAAGCUUCUUGUGGUCAUAAAAAAUCCUCGGGAUUUCGAAGUGGUCUUCAACAGCAACGUUGCAUCGCACAAACCAUACGAAUACCGAUUUCUGGAGUCUUAUUUGGGCCGUGGAUUAGUCACUGAAUCAGGUUCCAUCCACAGAGUACACCGCAAAGUGUUACUGCCGAUGGUGACUGGGAAGCCGUUGAACUCUUACAUCGAGUGCUUCGAUCGCCACAGCCGACGAUGCGUCGAGUGCCUGGAGCGUCAAGUGGACCAAGGCGAAUUCGACGUGAUGCAUUUCAUGGACGAUUGCACGCUGGAUAUGGUUUUGGAAACCAUAAUGGGAACCCCUGGAACUGCUCAAAAGAAUGGCUACAAGGGUCUGAUAGGCCAUUCCACAAGGGCCAUUGGUCUUUCACAUGAGAGAGCGACGAAACUUUGGUUAUAUCCGGAUUGGAUUUACUCCCACACAACCGCUGGUCACCAAUUUUUCAACUCGAUGGAUGUGUUGCAUAAAUUCACGGACUCUCUCGUGUCUCAGAAGAAGAAAGAAUACAAGGAGCUGAUAACAGAUUCCAAUUAUCCAGAUACACAGCGAAACGCAGUUUUGAAUCGGUUUAUAGCUUACAACGAGGAAAUGGAGGGCAUGGAUGACAUUCAGUUGAGAGACGCGAUAACUAAUAUCUGGAUUCCGGCCCAAGAUCCAACGGCUCUAACAACUUCGUUUCUAUUCAUGAUGCUUGGAAUGCACCCAGAUGUUCAGGAUAAAGUGAGAGAUGAAGCGCAUGGAAUUGUUGGGGACGAUGAUAUUACAAUGGAAAAAAUCUCAAGGUUAAAGUAUUUGGAAAUGGUAAUGAAGGAAACCAUCCGUCUGUUUCCCGUUGGCCCGUUGACGUUGCGAGAGUUGACAGAGGACUUGAAAUUCGAAACAUGCACUGCCCCGAAGGGUUGCACAGUCGUUCUUCUGGUCUAUGAGACGCAUCGAGAUCCUCAGUACUGGACGGAUCCUGAAAAAUUUAUUCCAGAAAGAUUUACUCCUGAAAACUCGGCCGACAGACAUCCUUACGCUUUUGUUCCAUUCAGCAGUGGAAUUAGGGGUUGCGUUGGGCGACAGUACGCCACGGUUUUGGUGAAAACGUUGGUUGCUCGACUCGUCCAGAAGUACAGAUUCAGCUGCAGUCAAACUUUGGAAACACUGCGACUCAAAGUUGGCGUAUCUGUGAGGUCUAGAGACGGGUAUAAAGUGUCAAUCACGAGAAUAUGA